CCCGCCGCUCCUCUCUAUGGUGCGGGGCGGCGCGGUCACGUGGCGCGGGCAGGCCGGAAGGAGCCGGGCAGCGGCGGCUAAAUGAAGCGGGGCCGGAGGGGCGGAUGGGGCUGUUCCUCACACAAGCCUGACUGUCAUGCCCAAACAUUGACACUUUCAGGUACAGCUAUUUAAAAUGGCAGAGAGAGGUGGAAAGGAAGAAGUAAUUAAGUUGAACAGCUUCCGUAGUCACAGAGGGAAAGACUGGAUAAACCGCAGGGACGAAAGUCUUAUCAUGAUAUCAGAUUCAUCGGAUGAAGAAUUACCUUUGUUGCAGGAAAUGCCAGCAGAGCAGCAGCAUGAGGAAGAUGACGAUGAUGUAGUCAUCUUGGCAGAGACCCCAAAGCAUCAGCAGCUUCUGCGUCCCAAUGUCAUCAGACCUGCUGCUCAAUGGCAGGAUGCAAACACUGUGGGAGAAGGAGGAUCUAAAAGUGCUGUCAAGCCAUUGAGGAGCAUAUAUCUGCAAAAUGAGAUCUCAACUCUGCUGUGCCAGAGAGACCAGUAUAAUCAGAUGGUGGAGAGCAGUGCUGGACCAAGCAAGAAUGGGAAUAUGAACUUUGCCUUGCAGCAGCCUGGACCAUCUGAGCUUAAUGGCCCCAGGUUUGAACCUACAAGUAACCAAGAGCCCGGCCCAAGUUUGCUUCCAGCAAUAAAGACAAGUCCAGAGCCUGUUGUCAACGGAGAAAUCACUAGUGUGGAGAAUACAGAGCUUCCACCACAACAGGAAGAAAAGGUAGCAGCCCAGGUGUGGCAAGGAGAGGACUUGAAGCCAGAGCAAAACCUUGGAGGAACAGCUGCUGUAGCUACCACAGAUCAGGAGAUCCAUGAGAACAACCAGCUAGAUCACCCACACUUCCAGCCCUUGGAAGGCGAGCCACAUGCUGUAGCAAAUGGUUGUGCUCCUCAGCAAGGGCAGCCUGAAGCAGAGCCAGGGUCUUUAAGGGCAUAUGGAGAGGAGGCUCCUGGGCCAGCCUUCCCCCGUCCUGAACCACAGCAGGAUGGGAUUCCAGGUCCCGCUUCGCCCCAGCCAGCACAUCCACCAGAAGAAAUGGGUCAGCAGGUAGUGAUAGACAAUGAACAGCCAGGUCCAGCAUUCCCCGCACAGGGAUCUCACGAAUUUAGCUCUAGUAAUGUGCCAGAACAAGAUGCUGCUGAGCAGGACCAAGAUCUCACUGCACUGCUUAUCAGAGAGACAGAAGCAAGAUUCCCAGAUGUGAAGAAGGAAUAUAUUGAAGAGCUAAUCAGCAUCAAGGACUGCUAUGACUUAAAUGUACUUUGUAACUUUCUUCUAGAAAAUCCAGAUUACCCAAAGAAGGAAGGCAGAGUGGUUUUAAAUCCCAACAGCAGCCUGCUUGCCAGCCAAGACGAGACAAAGGUGCCUAAAGUGGACUACUUUGACUUUUCCAAACUUGCCCCACUUGAUCAACGGUGCUUUAUUCAGGCAGCUGACCUCCUUAUGGCAGACUUCAAAAUGUUGAGCAGCCAAGACAUUAAGUGGGCACUACAUGAACUCAAGGGACACUAUGCAAUCACGCGAAAGGCCUUUUCAGAUGCUAUCAAAAAAUGGCAGGAGCUGUCUCCCGAAACCAGUGGGAAACGAAAAAGGAGGAAAGAAAUGAAUCAGUAUUCCUAUAUAGACUUCAAAUUUGAGCAAGGAGAUGUGAAAAUUGAGAAACGCAUGUUCUUCCUGGAGAAUAAGAGACGGCACUGGAGGUCGUAUGACAAGCUCUCUCUUCUCCCACCGGUGCUACUGGAGCAGGAAUUCUAUGAGCAGAAAGUUAAGGAGAUGGCAGAGCAUGCAGACUUUCUCCUUGCUCUGCAGAUGAAUGAGGAGCAGUAUCAGAAGGAUGGUCAGAUGAUAGAGUGCCGCUGUUGUUAUGGGGAGUUUGCGUUUGAAGAGCUAACUCAGUGUGCAGAUGGUCACUUGUUUUGCAAGGAGUGCCUAAUUAAAUAUGCUCAGGAGGCAGUCUUUGGCUCUGGGAAGUCAGAGCUCAGCUGCAUGGAAGGCAGUUGCACGUGUUCAUUCCCCACCAGCGAGCUGGAGAAAGUGCUUCCAGAGAACAUCCUCUGUAAGUACUAUGAGCGGAAAGCUGAGGAGGAGGUGGCUGCUGCCUGUGCAGAUGAGCUUGUCAGGUGUCCAUUCUGUAACUUCCCAGCUCUACUGGACAGUGAUGUGAAGCGGUUCAGCUGCCCUAAUCCCCGCUGCAGAAAGGAAACAUGUCGGAAGUGCCAGGGGCUGUGGAAGGAGCACAUGAACCUCACCUGCGAGCAGCUGGCUGAGAAGGAUGACAUUAAAUACAGGACGUCCAUAGAAGAGAAAAUGACAGCUGCCCGAAUUAGAAAAUGCCACAAGUGUGGGACCGGCCUAAUUAAAUCGGAGGGUUGCAACCGCAUGUCCUGCCGUUGUGGUGCUCAGAUGUGCUACCUCUGCCGGGCUGCCAUUAACGGGUACGACCACUUCUGCCAACACCCCCGCUCGCCCGGGGCUCCCUGCCAGGACUGUGCAAAGUGCUCUCUCUGGACAGAUCCCACAGAAGAUGAUGAGAAGAUAAUCCAGGAGAUUCAGAAAGAGGCUGAAGAGGAGCAAAGGAGGAAAAAUGGAGAGAACAGCUUCAAGCGGAUCGGCCCUCCUGCAGAAAAGCCCGUGGAAAAAAUCCAGAGGAUUGAAGUCAUCCCCAGACCCGUUCCUCAGAACCUCCAUCAACCCCGGAUGCCCCCUUACCCCUUCGUGCACCCCCCCUUCCCGCUCCCUCCUGUCCGUCCCAUGUACAAUAACAUCCCCCUCAACAUCGGCCCUAUCCCUGCCCCCUACGUCCCCCCGUUACCGAACAUGAGGGUGAACUAUGAUUUUCCCCAGAUCAAUGUUCAGCUGGAGCACAACUUGCCUAUGCACUUUGGCCCUCAGCCUCGGCACCGGUUCUGACCGGGUUCAAGCAGCACUUGGCGUAGAGUCAGCGCAGGGCAAAGCCACCCCAGCACCGUCACCCCCCUUCCUGCUCCAGCCCCUCUCGGUUUACCCGGCUGGAAGGGGACCUGCUCUGACUCACGCCAACCUGCACUGCACCCCUCUCUAGAGCUUCUCUGGAAGUUGGUGAUCAAACAUUUCGACCUGUGCGGCAACAGGGCUUGGUGCUGCGUUUCUAAAGGGGUAUCUCCCGAUGCUGGGCAUCCAGAUAUUUUGAUUUGACGAAGCCUGUUCCUGGGAGGGAAAGUGAGACUUUGUGGAGCGUAGAGACGCAGCCGUUCCGCGGGGACUUUCCAAAAAAUCUGACCUUCCCGCUGGCCGGGGCAGCUGCUGCACGGUCAAAAGAAUCUUGGGGGAAGGGAGGAGAGCCUUGCCAUCUGAAGUAAGACCUUCAGAAGCAAGAUAAGAGGAGUUGGCUGCCCUGGCCUUCUGCCUGCGGAGAGGCACAAGGCUGGAGUUCCCAUGUUCUCCAGCAUCCCUGUAACCUGCUAGCACCUCCCAGCAGAAAUAAAUUGUUCAAAACCAAGUCAAUCCUAGUGUUUUUGGCAUUUCGAGGGGGUGCAGCAGCCAUCUUGUUGCUGAGAUCUCGGUAGGAAGCCCAGAGCCAUGUCGUGUCUUGGGGCUUUAGCAAGUAGCAGAAGACACGGGCACCCUAAUCUUUCGCUGAAUUGAACUUGCCCCUUUUGAUGGGCUCAGGUUUUUGUUUGUUUGGGGUUUUUUUUCCCCAGAGGUGGGUGCCUCUUGGCUUCCAAAAUGCGGCCUUUGCUUUGCCGUUCCCAUCUGGCAUCCCAAAUCUCCCCCUGCUUGUGGCAGCCAUCCUCAAGCAGCUGGUAGAAGCAGCUGGAGCCUAAGCUGUGCCCUUUGUUGCAAAAACUGCUUGGGCAAAUACCCGGUUAGAUGUGUAGACGGUGGUGUGUGAUGUGUGCUGUGGCAGAAAAAAAUGAGGAACUACCCCUGCAGUCUUCCAUGCGGGCGACGGUGAGGCGGGAGCCCCCUUGGCCGAACCCCCCUGCAACCGAGCGGGCAGCUGUAGCCUUGUGCUGCAGGAAGCUGGCUGCCUCCGUGGCGCUUAACUUCUGAAAAACGUGUGUUUCAGCUUAAUUGGCUUCGGAAAAGCAUGUUGAAUUGCUGGGCUUAGGAAGCGAGGGUUUAAGAAAAGCAAAACUUCCUCGUAAGAAGCAGAGGGUGUAGUAGUUGCUGGGCUGCGGGAGGAAUGCUGGCACAAAGCCCUUUCCCCACAGCCCUUGGCUGUACUGUCUGGUACAGGCCCCCUUUAGAAAAGAAAAUGGUUGGAGUGGAAAAAAAAAAAACCUCCUCCCAGAAAUGUUGAGCUAGCUUUUAGCAGCCCAGUUGUGCUGUUCUUCCCUGAGUGGUUUGGUCUGGGCUGCAUCCUGCUCCGUCCUGCUGGGUGCAAUUUUCCCUCCCGUUAUUCCCCCCCUGGAAUUGGAGUAUCUAUGUGUCUUUCGGUUUUGUUUGUUUUUCAGGUAAAAAUCCCUGCCUCUGCCUUGCAGCUUCUGCCAAACCCUUGCAGCUCUCUGUAACCCCCCCCCCCCCGGCACAGCAUCUCCUCGGGCGUGCAGCGGGCGAUGGGCACGGGGCUGCCGGUGGGAUGCUUCUGGAGGGAGGCAGCCUCCACCAUGGCCCAGGACAGCGUCCAGGGACUGUUGUCCCCAGGAGGGUCUCCCAGAGGGGACUUCCAUGCUUUUUGGAGCUGAGUCAGCAAUUUUCUCCCUCCUGGGCACUGUCUAUGGGUUGAACAUACCCUGCAGAGUGCUCUGUUCCAGCUCCUCAGUGCCACGGUCUCUCUAGCAUUAAUAACCAAGUGGUAUUCCCUUGCUGCUAUCAUUUGCUUUUUUAAUUUAUUUCUGCAGGAGCUUUUGUCGCUUGGUGCUCGGUUGGAAUUUAGCUAGGUUUAAAUCCCACCUUGCUCCGAAUGGUUCCUGCAGUAGCCUGGAGCGGGGCAUCCUGAUGGAUUUGGGAAGGGCUGUGUUCACAGUGUCAUCAGGUGGCAAGAAAAUGGACCCACGUCAGAAGAAACACGGGUGGCUUUUUUAUACAGAAAGGGACAGAAAGGGAAUCCUGGGGUUUUAAUAGCCAAAAUCUUGUGGGCUCAAGGGCCGGCUUGCAUGAGCCCUCCUGGAUUUCUAGAGCACGUGACUUUCUCCAGUGGGGUGGUCAUGGUUGUCCCCCAGUACCUGCCUGUGCUGAGGGGGGUCGGGCAGCUGGGGUACAGCUCAGCUGCUGGACCAGUGGCCCCAAAUUCCAAAGGAAACGCGACGUGGCUGGGAGCACACAGUGGGGGGGAAAAAAAAAAAAUAAAAAAUAAAACCAGGAAAUAUCUUUUGGUGCGUGUCUACAGGCGUGUGGGUGUCAGGAGGUAAGCUGUGGCGGAAGGAGGUGCAGAGCUGGAGCACGAGGGAUGGAGAAGCGUCGGGCAGAGGUGGCAAGGGGAGGCUGGUGUCCGUGGUCUGUCCUGCUUAGGGUGUGAGCGUCUUCUGCUGCCGUGGUGCAGCGGUCACAGUCCCGGAGGAGCCUGGCAGGGCGAGGGAGGACUGCUGUCCCCACGUCCUCUGCGAAACCCUGAGCUUAUUUGGGUCUGAGAGAAGAGGAAUCGGUGCUUGGACUGUGAUGGGGAGCCCAGCGAUGGGGCGGCGCUGGGCUUCUCUCCCUGAGGAAACAGCCAUUUCACCCAAAAUUGCCUCACAGCCAAGCACGUGGCUGCUCCUCCCCUCUAACCUGAGAGACCUCGAGUUGUGGUUGCUGGUAGCGCUAAGAUCUGUGUUGAUUUAUUUAAAAAAAAAAGAAAAAAAAAAAAACCCAAACCUUACUGCACAACCA